AUGAGCUGUCGCAGUCUCCCACCACCCUGCGGGCAGCGGCUAGCCUCCGGGUCGGCUCGCCGACUCACUCUUCCGGACUCCCAGGCCAGGGUGGGGCGACCAGCUGCGAGUCCCGGGAGGCCAAUCCUGGCCGUCCCCUCUACCUGGGACUUUUCCUCCGGCCAGAGCUGCACAAAGAUCUCGCUGUCCUUCAACUUCCAGUCGCCUUCCCCGCCCCACCAGGCUCCGGCGUCCACUCUCCAGGUCUCCUCCCCUUCUGGUUUCCAGCUCCUUCGAAGAGUUUGGUUUGAACUUUCGAACCCGCCAAUCAUCGCCCUCGGUAGUCUGCUAGUGGGAGCUUCUCGUCACUCUCUCGGGCUCGGUUUUCGCGGACCACUUCAAGGACUAAAUAUGGUGAGUGAUUGUGGAGCAGCGACGGGAUCGUCUGAAGGGACCGCGGGAGCUGCGGGCUGCCCGGGGUGGGGUGCCGGUGCCUCCGACAGCCCCCGACGGCCGCCCCCGGCUGAUCCCGGGUACCUCCCUCCCGAUGGUCCCGGGAGAACAUCCCGUCUGGGCCGCCCGCCGCCCCUGGAGGUAGGGAGCUUUCGCAUCGACCGCAAGAGAUUGGAGAAACUGAAGGGUCUCCUUUUUCUCUACUGA